ACACAAUCACUUUUUUUAAGCGACAGAGUGUCUAGACAGGCACGUGACGGGGCGCGCCGAUGCGCAGUGGAGCCGCGGCGGCUGCGAGCGCGCAGAGGCGGCCGGGGGAGGCGAGGGCACUUCGGCCAUCGGCGCUUCUCCACAUCGCAUCGCCUCUUUGUACGCGCUCAACUUUCUGCUUUUCCUUAUAUACACGGGCGCCGCAACUUCAGCUAAAAGAAGUCGGAUGAGUCGGAAUAAGGAUAUAUAACAGAUCAUAUAUAAAAGAUGCACCGCUCUUAAAGGGACGAAAUAUAAAGGUCUUUAUAGGAAACGCGAGUACUCUGUUCGAUCAGAUUGAUUUUGACUAGUCUUGGAUUUUGCUUGAGCGUUUUUUUCUGCUUUUUUUUGUUCUGCUGGAAAGAAUCCCCCUGGUUUUCUGCAAACAGUUGCAAUGUUUGUUGCGGAUCUGAAUAUCGCAAUACGGAUAUAGCUGAUAAUUGUUAAAAGCCAAGGGGGGAAGACAGACAGCAGCCUUUGUUGCACCGGUUAAGGUUCGCUGGCGUCUUGGAAGAUUUUGUUUUUUUGGAUUUAAUUUUUUUCUUUUAUGGACGCAGGACAAGCUUGGCUAUGAAUGGAUAUGUUUCUUUGUGCAAUAUAUAUUUUUUAACCCUACUUAAAAAAUUCCAACCGGCACUAUAGUAAUCUGUAUGCCGUGAUUUCGUAUACGUAAAUACACAUUACAGUGUUUGUUUGAAAUCAUUCAGAAGAAAGUGCAUGACUGAAUGUAGCGUUUAUUGUAGUUAGCUAUAAUUAGCUAAACAUUACCAGUGGAGUCUGUAUACUGCAUGUUGCAGUUGCAUUGAACAGUAUUUUGCGUGCAUGUACAGUUUAUGCAGCUGUCCGACUAAAUGUUUAUAACUUAAAUGAUACAUGUAUUUACGAUCUGCAUUAUUAUUUCUGCAACUACCCCAAAGUAUAUCAUCGAUGCACAUUAGCACAUUUCUGAAAGCGUCCUUUCGUAUAAGGGAUAAAUCUUAGACUGAAGCCUGGCUUAUGCUACAGAUUGUCUUAGCUGCUCGAGUCCCCAGUUUUUCCGUACGAUCAUUUCAGGCUGCUUGUCUUUGCUUGGACUCGGAUCCCGGAUCCUUCAUGAUUUGCGGACAUCAUGCUCGUUUUUUAGCCGGGAAACCUUCUUUUCGUCCCGCAUGUUCAGGACCAAACGAUCGGGGCUCGUCCGGCGACUCUGGAGGAGCCGUGCGCCUGUCGAGGGCGACGGGGAGGCGGAUACUCGAACGCAUGGAUCCAAGGGCUGCUGCAUGGGCAAAUCGACUAAGGUUUCCAAAUCUAACCCUGGAGCGGAGGCUGAAUUAAAAGUAUUGACCCACUCGAUCCUGAAAAAGAUCAAAGAGAAACAAUUAGAGGCGCUUUUGCAGGCGGUGGAGUCGAAGGGGGGCGUCAGGAGCCCCUGUCUUCUCCUGCCCGGCAAAGUGGACUCCAAACUGGGUCAGCACUCGUACUCGCUCCCUUUGCUGCUCUAUAAAGUGUUCAGGUGGCCGGAUCUCAGGCACUCUUCGGAAUUAAAGAGGCUUUCUUGCUGUGAAUCCUAUGGGAAAAUUAACCCCGAACUUGUUUGCUGCAAUCCGCACCAUAUGAGUCGGCUUUGUGAAUUAGAGUCCCCCCCGCCUCCCUAUUCACGAUACCCCGUGGACUUUUUAAAACCACCAGAUUCUCCAGACCCUGUGCCUUCUUCCACUGAAACUGGGGAAACAAACUACUCGGCCCCUGUGGGGCUCUCAGAUUCCCAGGCUCGCCAGCAGUCAGGAGAGCGCGCGCACUGGUGUGUGGUGGCAUACUGGGAGGAGAAGACCCGCGUCGGGCGCCUCUACUCGGUCCAGGAGCCCUCCCUGGACAUCUUCUACGACCUACCUCAGGGGAACGGCUUCUGCCUUGGGCAGCUGUGCUCGGAGAACAAGAGCCAGCUGGUGCAGAUGGUUCGCAGCAAGAUCGGCUACGGCAUCCAGCUGACGCGCGAGCAGGAUGGCGUGUGGGUCUACAACCGCAGCUGCUAUCCCAUCUUCAUCAAGUCGGCCACACUGGACAAUCCCGACUCGCGGACGCUGCUGGUGCACAAGGUGUUCCCCGGUUUCUCCAUCAAGGCCUUCGACUACGAGAAGGCAGGCAGCCUGCGGCGGCCCAACGACCACGAGUUCACACAGCAGCCUCGUACAGGCUUCACUGUACAGAUCAGCUUCGUCAAGGGCUGGGGUCAGUGUUACACGCGGCAAUUUAUCAGCAGCUGCCCCUGCUGGCUGGAGGUCAUAUUCAACACUCGAUAGCAGCGGCAACCUCUCUCCCAGCUCCUCUACCAGUUAUUUGUUUUUUUGUUUUUUUUUUUGUUUGUUUGAGGGAGGGGCGUCAGAAGAAGUAGGGAGGGGGGGGGCAGUAUGAACUCUUGUUCGACAAAUGAUUAAAAUUUAAAGUGAAACAAAAACAGAAAUGUAUUUUAUGUUAUAUAUAAAUAUAUUAUUACUUGUAAAUAUGAAGACGUUUUAUAUGCAUCAUUAUUUAUGUAUUGUGCAAUGUGUUGAUUUAAAAAAAAUAAAAUAAAAUGCACUUUGCUUAAUAUAAAUGCAAAACAAGG